GCUGCACGGCAGGUUGCAUAUUUGGCUGGCUGCCGAGCUGGGAAACGCCUGCCUUCUUCCACCUGCACUGGCCAAUUUCCAUAGCUUUCCCCGGCCCUAUUUUCCAAACACGGACAGGCCCUCGCACACAUGCACACUUGUUAGGUGAAAUUUGUAAUUCGCCUUUCUUUCGCUCCCUCUUUUCGGCCGCCCCAUCUCGUUGCACACCAUACUUGUCGCCAAGCUCCACACUGUCAAGUCAGCCGUUCGCUGCUCUCCAUGCUCUCUGCUUCUCGCUGGUCAGCCCUCAAUACUCUGCUUUGGAACGCAGACCUCACAAAAAGGUGACCCUGUUAGAAGGCUGAUCGUCUUCUUGGAGCAGAAGCGCGGCAAUCGCCCCUGCGAGGAACCCUCCUCGCGCACGCCAUUCCGGCCUUGGGACGCCGUCCGCACGGCCGACAUCCGCCUGCCGCGGUACUCGCGAGGGCGGAGCCAGCGGCGACCCCUCAAAGGCGCCACCCUCCCACCGAGAGGCGUGUCGAGCGGCGCCGACGGCCGCCCCUCCCCCGUCUGAGCUAAUCUUUGCGAGCGGGCUGCCCCCACCCCGUGCGGCGGACAGGCCAAUCUGCCCGGGGGUGUGAGCAGCGAGGGUUGCGCCCGACAGAGUGGGGGUUGCUGUUGCGAGUCGUGACCGUGCCGCCAAAGGAAGAGGACGUGCCGACGCCGACCGCCCGCCCGACCGCCUGCUUCGAGUGAUAUGCAACCCGCCGGACCCGAGUGUCCCGCCGGCUGCCUACCCUAAGCGACGAGAGAAAGCAGGAUGCUGCACGCGGAGCGCGGCUCAACCACGAUUCACGUCUCGGCGCCCAGCGUGCUCAGCACCCCGGCCUCCGGCAUGCCGCAGCGUUCGCCCUUCGCCAUCCAGGAGCUGCUCGGCCUGACGCACCACCACGACACGCCCACGUCGGCGGCCAGCGCGGCCGUCGCGGCGGCCGUCAUCGCGGCCACCAGCACGGCCGCCUCCAGCCACCACCGCAGCCCCACGGCCGGCGUCUCGGCCAUCACGCCCAAUGGCUACCCGCCCCGUCUGCCCAAUUUCUCGGGGGCCGCCUCCGACCCCCUCGGGGCCGCCGCCCGCAGCAUGUACUUCAACGCGGCUGCGGCCGCCUUCCUGCCCGGCGUCUCCACCUCGGCCGCCGGCAUGGUCAUGAGCCACCACCAUGCUGCCCACGGCCACCACGCUUCGCACAACCCGCACGGCGCGCCGCACCCCGGCAUGGGGCCCGCCGCCACCCCCGGGGUCCUCGGCCUCAGUCCCGGCCUCAGACACGACUCGGCCAACACGGGCGGUUUCCCUUCGCUGAAAAACUCAUUUGUCGGUGGAGGAUCGUGCAUGCCUGAUUUCCGUGUUGCAGGACUUGGCCACCUUGACGCUGCCAAAGAUUACUCGCCUGAAGGACUGUCAUUUAAUAAGAAAAAGAAGAAGAAGAGACGACACAGGACAAUAUUUACAAGUUACCAAUUGGAAGAGUUGGAAAAGGCUUUCAAGGAUGCUCACUACCCAGACGUCUAUGCACGCGAAAUGUUGUCCCUCAAAACGGAUCUCCCUGAGGAUAGAAUCCAGGUCUGGUUCCAAAACCGGAGAGCGAAGUGGCGCAAAACGGAGAAAUGCUGGGGAAGGAGCACAAUAAUGGCUGAAUACGGACUGUACGGAGCUAUGGUCAGGCAUUCGCUACCCUUGCCAGAGACCAUCCUGAAAAGCGCCAAAGAAAACGAAUGCGUUGCGCCCUGGCUACUUGAUCCCGCAGGCAUGCAUCGCAAGUCCAUAGAGGCCGCGAGCACUCUCAACUCGGAGGAGUCUGACUCCAACAAGGACGGAGGCGGCGGCGGAGGCGGAGGCGGCAACAACGGCGGCCCCAACAGCCUCGGCCGUCCGGAGUCGGCGUGCUCGGGCACGGGCGGCGGCGACCGCAGUGAUGAGCUCAGCUGCAGCAGCGGGGGCAGUCCGCCCCCGGCCGGCCACCAGUCAGGCUCGGCCGCAGGCAUGGGGGGCCCGCCAGGGAUGCUCGGCGACCCCGAGCAGUUCCGCAACAACAGCAUCGCGUGUCUGCGCGCCAAGGCGCAGGAGCACAGCGCCAAGAUCCUAAGCGACGCCGUCAGACGGUCGGCGGCCGCGGCUGUGGCCGCCGCCGCCCUCCUGCGCAACGACUCGGAGGCCGGCGGCCACCUGAGCAGUCACCACCACCACCAGCAGCAGGAACUGCUGGCCGCCGCGUCCGCAGACUCCAACUCGAUUUUCUGACAGCAGAGGAUAGACGGUGGCGCCAUGGCGGCCGCCGCGGCCGCCAGAGCGGCGGCCAUCGUUGAUUAAAGACUCAGUUGUUUGGUGACAGAACUGCUGCUUCUGGACGCUGGUGCGAGAAACUAGUGCAAAAUAUUAUUUAUUCCGAAAAUAGUGGACUCGCGCAAAAGUUUGAUACCAAAAAUAAUUAUCUUAAGAAUUUACACGAGGGCCGCGAAAUGCACUUUAGUGAAUGUGAUGUUUUGUUUUUGGACGCGAGGAAGAGACUUCGACCGGACGAAAGUGAUUAGAGUUUAUCGCAAUGCCCUAAUCUUGAUGAUUUUAUUUUGGAGCAUUUUAGGGAGAAAUUUCACCAACCAAAGAAAACAUUCCCUAUAUAGACCCAUCCCCUGAAUAAGUUAUCCGCAUUCAUUUGAAAAAACGUAAACGAAAUCUUCCUCCAAUCCUGUCAAAAAGUGGCAGAAAACACUCGCUUGAGCAACGAUGAUUUUUAAAACUGCUACAAAUAAAUGAUACAAAAGAUUUAUAAAGGAGUGCCUGUUCGCAUGACCAGAGAAAACUGCUUUGCUUCUCAUAAAGAUAUGAACCAGAACGAAAUCGUGUAUAAAAAGCAUACAAUGUGCACUCGCAGCUCAUUCAAAUACAAUAAUGAAGGAACAUGUAUAAGAAUAAUUCCUAAUCAACGAUUAAGGCCUUGUUUAUAUAUUCACAGACAAACAAACUCACACACACAAUAAACGAGAAGAAUUCUUAGUCAUUGAUGAAUUGUAUAAUUAAAAUCGCAUAUAUAUUAUAUAUUAUUGUAACGGCAAUGAAGAUUGAAUAUUGGAAUUUCUCUAUCUUUAACAGACACACACGGGGAUCGACUCCAACGAACGGUGACGGAAAUCCGCGCAAAUUCAUUGAGAUUGAUAAUUUUUUAAUGUGAACAAGAUUCAUUCGUGUGUAAUUCAUGUGGCAGCAAACUAAAUGAAAAGGCAUACACAUACACUAUGGAGGCAAAAGAGGUUAAUUAAAAUUAUUGUAGUAGUGGUAAUAUCACGACAUUUAAAUUAUAAUCAAUGUAUAAUCUCUCAAUUGAUCUUCUUGUACAUAUGAAAACUGAAUUCUAGCCAAACUUGCGGGGGGUGCAAGGCGCAGCUGACAUGGCCGCCGUCCGCACCCUCGAGAGCUGCGCGCAUACAAUAUACUCUCACUAUAAUGUUAAUGGUGUCUGUGUUACAUAUUAAUUCAAUAACAAAGAAAUUAAGAGACAGCUUGAGAUAGAUUAGCUGGAUAAUAAUCAGGACUUAUGAUCGGAUCGGAAAAUACAAACGUUGGAAAUAUUGUAAAAAUAAAACGUUCUGUUGAUUUAUGUUGUUUUUCAGAUGAAUAUUGUUUUGUAUGCAACGCUCCGUUUAUGAAAAAGAUAACAAAUUCCAAUUUUAUGAGCCGUAAUUUAUGGGAUGGCAAAAUCGCGAACAAAUAUGUAUAAUCGUGAAAUUUGAAUAAAAUAGAUUUGUGAAUGGA